ACCCCGGGCCGGCGGCGUAGCGAAGUUCAGUGUCUCUUAUUUUCGGUCGGUUGAUGCACUUUCGCCGAACCCGUCUGGGAACUUCAAGUUUUUCGAUUUUUUUUUUCUAAAUUUAUUUUUUAGCUUUUGUUUCGUUUUGAAACUGAUUCAAAAAUCGAGUACAUAUAGUGGUUUAAAUUAUACCUAGAGAUUUUGAAAGAAUAUGAAAUAAAAGUUCCAGUAUUUGAACCAUGGCAAGAGGUAUAACCAGAGUAUGCGUCAGUAAUAAGCAGUUUCUUCAAUUGAGGCUUAAAAACGCGGUAUUUUGGGAGAAAUUCGGCAAGAGGCAGUUUUCAAAAAGCCAACCUGCAAGGAAAGAUGCCGAGGUAAAAGGGAUACCUUAUAAUAAACUCAGUAUCGGAGUUCCAAAAGAGAUAUGGAAAAAUGAGAAAAGGGUGGCAAUUACUCCUUUGGUAACCCAGACCUUAACGAAAAAAGGCUUCAAUGUUCACAUAGAAGAGAGUGCAGGGGUAUUAGCCAAAUUUAGAAACGAAGACUACGAACAAGCCGGUGCGAAGCUCGUUGACACCAAAAAAGUAUUUGAUUCAGAUAUUAUUUUAAAAGUAAGACAACCUCUAAACACGGAAGUUCCUAAGUUUAACGCGGACUCUACGCUCAUAUCGUUCCUAUAUCCUGCCCAAAAUGCUGAGCUCGUGCAACAGUUGGGAGAAAGGAAAAUCAACGCGUUCGCAAUGGACUGUAUUCCCAGGAUAUCCAGGGCCCAAGUAUUCGACGCUCUUAGUUCCAUGGCCAACAUAGCGGGUUAUAGAGCUGUCAUAGAAGCUGCCAGCCACUUUCCCAGAUUCCUCUCUGGUCAAAUAACUGCAGCAGGAAAAGUCCCACCUGCGAAAGUGCUCGUAAUUGGAGGUGGCGUGGCAGGCCUGGCGGCCAUUGGUCAGGCCAAAUGUAUGGGAGCAGUCGUCAGGGCUUUUGACACCAGGUCUGUGGUCAAAGAACAAGUUGAGUCGCUCGGAGCGGAAUUUCUCACCGUCACUGUUGAGGAAGAGGGUGGAGAUUCUGGCGGUUACAGUAAAGAAAUGUCUCAAGAAUUCAUUGACGCGGAACACGCCCUAUUCGCUAAACAGUGCAAAGAAGUGGACAUAAUUAUAUCCACGGCUUUGAUACCUGGAAAAAAGGCCCCUGUACUGUUAUUAAAAGAACAUAUAAUGAGUAUGAAACCGGGCAGCGUCGUUGUCGAUUUAGCCGCCGAAGCUGGCGGCAACAUUGAGACAACCAAACCCGGACAGAUUUACACGUUCAAUGACGUCACUCAUAUAGGACUCACGGAUUUUCCUAGCAUGUUGCCUACGCAGAGUUCCACUUUAUAUGCGAAUAACAUUUCGAAGUUCUUACUGUCAAUAGGCGAAAACAACCACUUCAACAUCGACUUAAACGACGAGGUGGUGCGGGGCAGUAUUAUCUUGCAUAAGGGCGAACUUAUGUGGCCUCCGCCGAAACCUACGGGACCACCGGCAGUUACUGCCCCCAAGAAAACGGAGAACGUUAAGGAAACCGCUAAAAUUAUCGAAACGGUUGAUCCGUUUAAGAGCACUUGUAACACCGCUUUAAUGACGACAGCAGGUAUUGGCAGUAUAAUUGGCUUGGGCAUGGUAUCCCCCAACCCGGAAUUCACGUCAAUGCUCACCGUCUUGGGUUUGUCGGGCUUAGUCGGUUACCAUACAGUGUGGGGUGUCACUCCCGCCUUACAUUCCCCCCUUAUGUCAGUUACCAAUGCUAUAUCUGGAAUUACUGCUGUCGGCGGUUUACUUUUGAUGAACGGAGGCUAUUAUCCUACAAAUUCUGUUGAGAUGUUAGCUGCCGGAGCGGCCUUCGUAUCAUUCAUCAACGUCUUCGGAGGAUUUUUAGUCACCAAACGGAUGUUGGACAUGUUCAGGAGACCCGGUGAUCCACCAGACUACAACUCUCUGUACGGAAUACCGGCCGCGGUAUUUUUAGGCGGUUACGGCUACGCAGCCAUGGCCGGAUUAGCUGAGGUGCAUCAAGCCGCUUACUUGGCUGCCUCCCUGUGCUGCGUUGGCGCUCUAGCUGGUCUUAGCAGCCAAACAACCAGCCGUUUAGGCAAUAAUCUUGGAAUAAUUGGGGUAGCGGGUGGCAUAGCAGCUACUUUAGGUCAAAUAGCCCCCAGUAACGAGGUGUUGGCCCAAAUGGCAGCCGUGGCUCUCGGAGGCGGUGCCAUAGGGUCGAUUAUCGCCAAAAAGAUCCAGAUUACGGAUUUGCCUCAGCUGGUAGCAGCUUUUCACAGCUUGGUGGGUAUGGCCGCAGUCCUGACGUGCAUUUCGACCUACAUCCAUGAUUUUCCAACCUUCGCCACCGAUCCCGCUGCGAACGUAAUUAAAACAGCCCUGUUCCUGGGAACAUACAUCGGCGGGGUUACAUUCAGUGGUUCGCUUAUAGCCUACGGGAAACUUCAAGGUAUCCUCAAGUCGAACCCGUUGCUCUUACCGGGACGUCACGCCUUAAACUCGGGACUCCUAUUGGCCAACAUUGCCGCCGGUGGAUACCUGUUUUAUGAUCCCACAUUGGCCGGUGGUCUGGGAGCUUUGGGAACCACCGCCGCUCUCAGUUCUGUCAUGGGCGUUACUUUAACUUCGGCAAUUGGAGGUGCCGACAUGCCGGUAGUGAUAACCGUCCUAAACAGUUACUCGGGGUGGGCCCUUUGCGCCGAAGGGUUCAUGUUGAAUAACAACUUGAUGACCAUCGUGGGCGCCCUCAUUGGGUCAUCUGGCGCAAUUUUAUCGUACAUUAUGUGCAAAGCGAUGAACAGGUCUUUACCGAACGUUAUUCUUGGCGGUUACGGUACUUCUAGUACCGGCACCGGAAAACCCAUGGAGAUAACCGGCACUCAUACCGAGAUUAACUUAGAUGGUGCGGUGGAUUCCAUUAAGAACGCCAGGAAUAUUAUUAUCGUACCGGGGUAUGGGCUUUGUGUCGCUAAAGCACAGUACCCGAUCGCUGAGAUGGUCGAUGCCUUGAAGAAGAAGGGAAAGAACGUUAGAUUUGCAAUUCAUCCAGUUGCAGGUCGUAUGCCUGGUCAGUUAAACGUUUUAUUGGCGGAGGCGGGUGUCCCGUACGACGACGUCUUCGAAAUGGAAGAGAUAAACGAAGACUUUGAUAAUACGGACUUGGUACUGGUAAUCGGUGCUAACGAUACCGUUAACAGUGCCGCAGUUGAUGAUCCUAACUCCCCUAUAGCCGGUAUGCCGGUGCUGAACGUGUGGAAGUCCGACCACGUUAUCGUUAUGAAGAGAUCACUCGGUGUGGGAUACGCAGCCGUGGACAAUCCGGUCUUCUUCAAACCGAACACCUCAAUGUUAUUAGGAGACGCAAAGAAAACGUGUGACGCCCUCUUGCAUAAGAUCUUGCAAGACGUUUAAGGCUGUGCCAAAUUGUAUACUCAUACCCCGAUAUUGUUAUUAGCUAAACUCGUUUGCAUUUUUUUUUUAAAUUAGUUGUAAGACUUGUACAUUUUUAAAGGCAGGAAGAGAGGACCCAGUGAACGUGAAAAUAUUAGGAUCUAAGUCAUAAAAUAUAUUUUUAGAUAUUACAUACUUAUGCAAAACAUGUUUUUUUUUAUGUGUAUAUUCUUGGAAACUAAUUUGUAUAGAUACUGCGCGUAAACUCAAUUAUUAGUGUAAUUUUAAAACUCGUUAGAUACCAGCAUUGUUUUCAAUUUGUAAGUAAUAUCGUUAAAUAUCCAAAAAAAAAAGAAACGUGUCAAAUUAUAUUUUUAUAAAGCUCCUUUGUUCGGUUGUAAUAUACACUCAUAUUUAAAUAAGAAUAUAUAAUUACUAAUGAUAAUUUUGCCCUUUUAAAGUAUUGUCAUGUAUUUUAAAAUCUAAGGAGAAACAUAGUCUGAGUUGUACAAUUUUCUGUACAGAAAUAUCCUCAGGAAGAUGUCAAAUUUCCUUCCGUACGUUGUAAAUAACCUUAGAACAUUAUUACCCGAUCGCGGGUUUAACCAUCUAAAACUGUAUUGUAUAUUGUAUUUUGCUAUUGUACGCAUACAUUUUGAUUAAAACUUUAUUAUAUUUUGUA